AUGACCAUCCGGACAAACACCAACCAACAUCAACACCACACCAUCACCAAUGGACCCAAUACCCCACAACAACCCGCCGUCGCAAGUCCCAAUCUAACCUCUCCUGCCGUCACUCCUGUCUCCUCUCAGCAUCCCUCCCUCGCUACCUCCGAGGCCGGGCAUGGACAUGGACACACUCAUGCACAAGGAGGACAGCCAAACAACAACAACAACAACAACAACAACAACAACAACAACAACAACAACAACAACAACAGCAACAACAACAACCCCACACUUACAGCGCCGACUGCGGACAUAGGAGAGACGCCCGAACAGGUCCUGCUGGCAUCAUUCAAGGCUGCGGCAUUGUCGGUGACGCAGCUCUACAAGGACUCUCUCAAAAACCAACGUGCAGAACAUGCCAAGGGAUACGAGGCCGCCCUCCAGGAUUUAUUGGCUUUUAUUACGACCCACCCUGUUGUUCAGGAAAAGAAAGACCUAGGGAUGAGUGAGGAUGAGAUUCGACAGACAACCAGCUUGUCAAUCGAUGAUGUUGUUCGGUUCAUCGCGAACGCUCGGGCCAUGAACUGCAAUUCUGCGGCUGCUGUUGCUGGUGUUGCCACCGGAAAUGAGUUGCACCUUCACCAACAGCAGCAACAGCAACAGCAGUUGCAAGCCCAGCAGGCACAUGAACAGCAACAGCAGCAAUUGCAUCAACAACAGCUUUUGCACCAGCAGCAGCAGCAGCAGGAGCAGCAACACCAACAGGAACAGCAGCAGCAGCAGCAGUUCCUUCAGCAACAACAACAACAGCAGACAAUGGAACAGCAGCAGCACCUCCAACAACAACAGCAACUCCAUCAUCAACAACAACAGCAACAGCUCCAACAGCAGCAGCAGCAGCAUGCUCUUGUCAGCAAUGGGGGCGGAGGCGGUGGUCCCAGGUUGUCGUCAUCAAUUGCAUCACCGAGCUCGAUUUUUCCAAGUGAUGCGUUUACAUUCACAGCACCGAUCUUCCACCCUGGAGUGGGAGCUGGUCAAGUAGGAGCAGGAGCCUUCCAGAGCAUCUUUCCAGGACAGGAAGGUGGAAUAGGUCAUCAGAUGGCAGUCGAUUCUUUGAAAAGACGAUAUGCCUUGCAGGACAUUAACAUGGCUGCAAAUCGAAUGAUCACUGGAACCAACAACAAUAACAACAACAUCAACAAUAACAUGGUCGGCAACAAUGGUCGCAUGAUGGUCAAUCAGCCCCUCAACCUCAACCUCAUGGACUCUUUCGGCGCCUUUCACGACCAGCCUCCCUUCAAGCGUGGCCGUCGACAUGAAGGCGAGUAG